AUGGCUUUAGUUUUCCUGAAAAGAAGAUUGCGGAAGAGUUAUGUUGCUAUGGCACUGGAAACAAGUGGUAAAUGUAUUUGCUUAUUUGCUGAUAUCUUCACUGCCGAAUCUUUACAGUAUAGCUUAACUGAAAUUCAAAUUGCCACAAAUAACUUCUCUGUGGAUAACAAAAUUGGCGAAGGUGGAUUUGGUCGUGUAUACAAGGGUGUACUUGGUAAUGGACAAGAAAUAGCUGUUAAAAGGCUGUCAAGGAGCUCAGUGCAAGGUGCAGAAGAAUUUAAAAAUGAAAUUGUAGUAGUUGCAAAGCUUCAACACAGAAAUCUAGUUCGGCUAUUGGGAUUUUGCCUGGAAGGAGAAGAAAAGAUACUCAUCUAUGAAUUUGUUGCCAACAAAAGCCUUGACUACUUUCUCUUUGAUCCAGAAAAUAAACGAUCAUUGAACUGGCCAAGACGUUACAAUAUCAUUGGAGGUAUAGCAAAAGGACUCCUUUAUCUACAUGAGGAUUCUCGUCUAAGAAUUGUUCAUCGCGAUCUCAAAGUAAGUAAUAUAUUAUUGGAUGGAAAUAUGAGCCCAAAGAUAGCAGAUUUUGGCAUGGCAAAGAUUUGUGGAGUUGAUCAAUAUGAAGGAAACACGAAUAGAAUUGCUGGGACAGUUGGUUAUAUGGCUCCUGAAUACACAAGGUGGGGUCAGUUCUCACUAAAAUCAGACGUAUUUAGUUUUGGGGUUGUAAUUUUGGAAAUUGUCACGGGCAAGAAGAGCAGUGACUUCCAUCAAUCUAGAGAUUCCGAAGACCUUCUAAGCUAU